AUGGAUGCUCUGCUCUGGUCUGCGCUGCCUGUCGAGGCCUUGUCUCGUCAAUCCAAUGUCCGGGUGCUGUUCGCAGUCUGGCCUGGUGCUGGAGCCCCUGCAUGCCCGGCCCCUGUGGACAUGUACCUAUGGGGUAUUGGGGGUACCUACGCCACCCGCCGUUGGGGGAGCGAGGGUGCGUCGGCCGUGUCCACAGCCCAGCCAGCAGCCAGCUCGUGCGGUGGGCGCGCCGCGUCGCCCUCCUCGCUCCAUCAAAAUGCCUGCCUCUGUGACGGCGAGUGGAUUGCCUAG